AUGACUCAGUUGCCCUUGGGCCUGUAUGGGCGUCUGAAACUUUUUGGUUUCCCCUGUGCCGUUGCCAGGCCUUUGAGGGUGCUUCAUGAUGCUCUGCACCACGGCAUGGGAGCUCCUGACGGAGUACCUGAACCCCUGGAAGCUCAGGCUGAGGCCGUGCAUGGCGGCCUUGACGCCCUUGUUGAACCCGCGCGCCAGCUCGUUGAGGACGUCGAUGCAGGCGCCCAGCGGGUGCAGGCUCCGCGGGUAGGGGCAGCACCCGAUUGGCGGGACGUCGAUCACCGCGAACUUCCUCGCCCCGAGCACAGUAUUCUUCAAGUUCUGAGAACACGAGAACUGCAGCGAGCAGGAGAAUCGUGUUGUGAACAUGUUCAUCUGGUGCUAAAACUAAAACUAAAAGGCUUUGGUUCAACUCUACCAGCUGUGAACAUGGGCUUGAAGCGCAGCCCGCCGCCGUUCCUCGCCGUGGCCAACAAGACCAACAAGCAGGUCUUCAGAGGUCUCCUGGCAGUAAACUUCGCCUCUGCAGGAUCAGGCAUUCUCGACACAACAGGGAGCUCCAUCAUCCCGCUGAGCAAGCAGGUGGAGCAAUUCGCCGCCGUGCAGCGCAACAUCUCCUCGCGCGUCGGCAACGGGGCUGCCGCCGACGCCCUGCUGUCGCGGUCCCUGUUCCUCGUCAGCACCGGCGGCAACGACCUGUUCGCCUUCUUCUCGCGGAACAGCACGCCGUCGGACGCCGACAAGCAGCAGUACGUCGGCAACCUCGUCGCGCUGUACCAGAACCAUGUGAAGGCUCUGUACGUGCUCGGGGCGAGGAAGUUCGCGGUGAUCGACGUCCCGCCGAUCGGGUGCUGCCCCUACCCGCGGAGCCUGCACCCGCUGGGCGCCUGCAUCGACGUCCUCAACGAGCUGGCGCGCGGGUUCAACAAGGGCGUCAAGGCCGCCAUGCACGGCCUCAGCCUGAGCUUCCAGGGGUUCAGGUACUCCGUCGGGAGCUCCCAUGCCGUGGUGCAGAGCAUCAUGAAGCACCCUCAAAGGCCUGGCAAUGGCACAGGGGAAACAAAAAAAAGUUGA